AUGACGUAUGCGAUAGAUCUUGAGAAAGAAAUACAUCGUAUCCUCCAAUCUUCUUCUAAAUUGCGUAACUAUAACGGUGAGUUGCGGGAUAAAUACAUAAAGCAAGAAGAGAAUUUUGAUCAAGAAAGAAAGAGAUGGGAUCGGGAUAGAAAGAAGUGGAGUAAAAAACUGGGAGGGGCUAAUAAUGAGAUCCAGAAAUUACGCACUCACGAUCUGGAGCUUAUUAAUGAGACUAUACGUCUACAGAUUGAAAAUACUCGCAAAGAUAUCUCUCUUGCGGAAUCCAAGGCUAAGCAUGCUACAAAAUUAGAGGAGAUUAAAUCGCUUCGGAAUGGGAUGAAAUUAUUGAAAGAUAAGCUAGAUUUAUCUCAAAAAGACUCAUCAAAGAAAGGGUCCGAAAUCGACUCUCUCAAGUCUAAGAUAGUUGAAUUAGCUUUAAAAAUUAGUGAAUUGAAGCGUCUGAAACCUGAGGAUAUAUCGAGAUCUAUAGGCUCUUUGAGUCAUGAUUCGGAGAAUCGCCUAGGCACACAAGUGCCAUUGUUCCACAAUACGACCUGUUUUGCAAUAAUUGGUGGAGAUGACGAAAAAAAUACGCUGUGCGAGGAACAAAGUUCCAUAACCAAGCCUGACGAUAUAUCUGCAAUUAAUGAAUCUAGCAAAAAUCUAAGUAAGUAUUUUGUACGCGGAAAAGGUAUGGAUCAAGCUGAAAAAAUCGAUAAUGAUAUCUCGACAUAUACUAGCACCUUUGGUACUUGCUUCGCUAAUGAUAAGAUUAUCGAACUAUCAAAAAAUGAUACCGAGGCCAACCCCAAGGUAAGUAAUGAAACUAGCAUUAGUGAAAUUAGUGAGGAUAUUACAUCCCAAUCUCAAGAAAUAAAAAGUGCGAAUCCACACCUUACUCAACGGGAAAAUAAUAGCGGAGCUAGUGCUAAAGCACAUAUGUCCUCUUUGAUUAAAUCACAUUCUCAUAUGAGACCUAAUCUCGAGGCUUUGCCUCUCCCUGUUGUAGCAAGUACUUUGAUGUCACCUCUAUCAAUAUAUAUUUUUCUUAUUCUAUUAAUUAUUGUGGUUAUGUGGUUUGUAAUAUUGAGACGUACAUGGAAUAUAGGUAGGCUCGAAGAGCCUUUGCUCCGUAAUAAAAAAGUGAUCAGCUAUGGGAUACGUGGAUGA